CCCCCUCAAUAUUCAUAUCCAAAGCACUUUUUACGCUUUUUCUCAGAAGUCAUCAUCCAUCAACCGAACCUUCUCUGCCGUCUUCGAUGGCCACGUCCGCCCCUGUUGCCGUGGAUGGGCUCCAAACUCCAACCCUCGACGCUGAAGGACCUAGCCUCCUCCAACAAAUCUCUAAGGAGGGCGGUUACGUUUAUGCCGGCAUGGCGGCGCUGGCCGCCGCCGGGGACUUCCGGGCUGCGGAGGCCGCCCGGGAGAUGGCGUGGGAGCAGCUGCACUCGGGGCCCUGGCACUCGGUGCUGCCGGUGUGGAGAGACGCCUACUCCAUGGCCUGUCUCCGCGUCGCCAAGCUCCACCACUCUCGCGGCGACUUUAAGGAGGCCCUUAGGGUUCUCGACAUGGGCUUGAUCAUGGGCGGCACGCUUCUGCGUGAAGAUUUGGAUUCCGCGGUGGCGAAAGUCUCCUCCGAGGCGACCAGUCUUAGGGUUUCGGAGGACUCUGCGAUACCAGAGACUCGGCUCGUUCGCGACGAAUUGAGCGAAGCAGAGGUUCUUCGAGUUUUGCCCAUGAAGUCACUGUCUUGUAAGAUUGUUGGAAAAAGGCAUGAUCUGUCUUUGGAGGGAUUUUUACAAGGUUAUUUCCUAUCAGGUUCUCCAGUUAUAAUCAGCGAGGGUAUGGGUCACUGGCCUGCCAGGACAAAGUGGAAUGAUAUGGAUUACCUAAAAAGGGUUGCUGGGUUUCGCACAGUCCCAGUUGAGGUUGGAAGGAAUUAUCUUUGCCCAGAGUGGAAACAAGAGCUUAUCACAUUUUCAGAGUUUCUUGAAAGGAUUCAACCCAAUAACUGUACUUCUGCUUUCCCUACAUAUCUUGCUCAGCAUCCUUUGUUUGAUCAGAUACAAGAGCUGCGAAAGGACAUUUUUAUUCCCGACUACUGUUCUGUUGGUGGUGGGGAGCUCAAGUCUCUUAAUGCUUGGUUUGGUCCUGCUGGAACAGUCACACCAUUGCACCAUGAUCCACAUCAUAAUAUACUUGCUCAGGUUGUUGGCAAAAAGUAUGUAAGACUUUAUCCCCCUUCAUUGUCAGAGGAGCUUUACCCAUACACUGAAACCAUGCUUUGCAAUUCCAGCCAGGUUGAUCUCGACAAAGUUGACGAAAAGCAGUUCCCAAAAGUGCAAGAGUUGGAGUUUGUGGAUUGCAUUUUGGAGGAAGGUGAAAUGCUUUACAUUCCACCCAAAUGGUGGCACUAUGUGCGAUCUCUUACCACAAGCCUUUCAGUUAGUUUCUGGUGGAGUGGCUGUGGAAGCUCACCUGUUUCUUAAUACUAGUAAUGUUUUAUUAUAUUUUUUGUAUACAAAAAAACUAUGCAAAAAAUGAUAAAUAUUUUACCUUUAGCAGGUGGUGUACUGUCUAGUGUGGCAGCAAUGCAGCACUGCGCAUUAUCAUGUAUACAGACACAUUCAGGUGAUAACUUUUUUCUUAAAA